CCCGCGGCGGCGGUGCGAGCGCGGCGGGCCGGGCGGGCUGAGAUAAGCGGCCAUGUGACCCUACCUGGGCCGGGCGGCGGGGGAGGGGCGCGCAGGUGAGGCGGCGGCCGCCGGGCCCUGCACGCGCACACGGCGGCCCGCGGGCUCAGCGGCAUGGCUGUCAGCAGGAAGGACUGGUCCGCGCUGUCCAGCCUGGCCAGGCAGUGGACUCUGGAGGAUGAGGAGGAACAGGAACGCGAGCGCCGGCGGCGGCACCGGAAUCUGAGCUCCACCGCAGACGAUGAGGCCCCCAAGCCCGCCCAGAAUGGAGACACACCAGCUGCCCAGAGACUGCCCAGCGUGGAUGAGGCAGAGGUGCCCGGGCCACAGACCGCAGCCUCUAGAGAUGAGGACGAGGACAGCCAGGCCAUCCUCAGGACACGGCAGGAGCGGAGGCAGAGGCGGCAGGCAGUGCAGGCCCCUGUCCUGCUGGAGGCAGAGGAGGGAGGGGACAGCUCUGGCCCCGGGCAGGCCAACCAGCAGCCCCUCAAGCCCAGGAAGGAGGCGGAACUGCCUCCUCGCCGGAGACUGAGCCGGGAGCAGCGGGGUCCCUGGGCCAGGGAGGAGGAGAGCUUGGCGGACCAAGAGGCAGAAGGCAGGAAGAAGGGGGUCUCAGAGAAGCCCCCCACCUCAGAGAAGUCCUCCGUCCCAGAGAAGAUAGUAGCCCCUGGGAAGAGACUGGUCUCAGAGGAGACCUCCAUCUCGGAGAAGGUCCCGGGACCUGAGAAAACUUCUGUGUCAGUGAAGAGAGUCAUCUCAGAGAAGAAAUCCGUUCUAGAAAAAACAAGUGUCUCUGAGAAGAUGCCGGCCCCAGGGAAGACAUCAGACUCAGAGAGGAGACUGGUUUCCGAGAAAGCCUCGCUCUUUGAGAAGUCUCUGGUGUCCGAGGAGACCCCGGGUGCGGAGACAAAGCUGGCUCCAAAGGCGGCAGCCUCGGGGCAGCCCCAGGCAGGGUGGCAGCUGGCUUCUGGGGGAAGCCAGCCCACCACCGCGGAGCAGAGGGGAGGCGCCCUCUCUGAGAAGAGCCCCCCGUCCGCGGCAGAGCUGGGAGAGCAUGGGGCGCCAGGCCCUCCCACUGUGGCUUCCCGCCUCCCGCCCAUCACACUCCAGGUGAAAAUCCCCAGCAAGGAGGAAGAGGUGGACACACCCUCACCCACGCAGGCCACCUACAGCAGCUCCCUCAAACGCUCCAGCCCCAGGACCAUCUCCUUUCGGAUGAGCUCCAGGAAAGACAACUCGGAAACAACCUUAAUGCGCAGCGCCAGCAUGAGGCUCCCGGGCAGCACAGUCAAGUUGGGCGAGAAGCUGGAGAGAUACCACACGGCUAUUCAGAGAUCAGAGUCAGUCAAGUGUCCAGGCUCCUCCCGCACCGAAUUCUUUGUGGCUCCCAUGGGCGUAGCCAGCAAGCGCCACCUCUUUGAGAAGGAGCUGCGGGGCCAGAGCCGAGCAGAACCAGCCUCCAGCCGGAAGGAGAACAUGAGGCUCUCAGGGCUUGUGACGUCAAGGCUCAACCUGUGGAUCAGCAGGACCCAGGAGUCCGGAGAUCAGAACCCCCAGGAGGUGCGGAAAGAGCCAGCAGCCACCAGGAGGGCCCAGUGGGGAAAGAAAGCAGAUUCCUCCCUGGACGUUGAGGUGUGAUGAAGCCUCUGCGGGGACAGACGUGCAACUCUGCAUCUCCGGGGCCUGCCCUCAGGCCGCGCCCUGUCUCCAGCAGCAGUCCUGUCUCUCAUCGCCCCUGACCCCUCUCUGCCUCUGGACCUGGGGCCAGGAGUGUCGGGGAGACUCACCCAGCUCCUGCCUAGCCCAGCGUCCUGGGGGGCGGGUGUGCCCUGGCACCUUCUCCCCCACCGCAGGCACUGCAGAUCCCGGGACCCAGCGUCAGCCCAGGGCACAGCGUCGGUUCUUGUCAGCGCUAUGUGGCCACCACAUCCUGUCCAGAGAUGGCUUCUAGUUCCUGCUCUCGUCCAGGGUCAGGGUGGUAGUCUCUGAAGCACCUUGGGGUCACCUCUGUGACCUGCCCCCAGCAGGUGCUGCCAGGUGCCCGUGAUGUCCUGAUGUCCCUCCCAGAGGCCUGGGUUUACGCACCUCGGGCCCUGGGGCCUGCAUCCCUCUUGCUGAGGCCCAUCGGCUGGGUUGUGACAGAGUUGCACUGUGUCUUCAUGUGCCCCGUCUCCCUGCUCUGUUUCCCUCUUGCUUCCUGGGCCUGCUGCUCUGGCCAGGAGCCCAGUGCCUCUUUGUGGCCCCCUUCACCCUCUUUCUGAAAAAGCUGCUCUCAGGAAAGAUCUGAUAAACUCAUUCACUCUUAGGUGUAAGUGACUAAUAAUAACCUUAAAAACGGA